ACUACACGCAUGCGCAAUGCAGUUUGGCCUACUUUAGGAAGAGCAGCGCUUUAGACCCCAGCACCCGAGACGGGACCUAACAGUCUGGACCAUGAUGCACCCCGCCACCCCGAGCAGGCUUCUCUUGGCCUGUAGCCUUGCCUUCAUGCCCUUCUCAACAGACUCCUGGGAAAUCACAAUGAACGAGCUAGAGGAGAAGGACGUGGAUGAAUUCAGCUCCAGCGGUCUCAAGUGUCCCACAUGCUUCACCGUGAAGGGGAGGGAGUGUAGUCCACAGCUCAAGUGGUGCUCCACGAACAAGAUAAAGUGUGUGGAGUUCUCCGGCAUCGUAAACACAGGUGUCAGCGACAUCCCCAUUCAGCUGAUGAAAUGCGUGACCUUAGACCAAUGCAAAGACACAGUGACGGCUUAUAUGGGUUUUACCAUCAGUAACAAAAGUGAAAUCUGUAAAUCAGCCAUGAGAAACGGGGCCAGAGUCAGACCCCCGACCCCCAUCUUCUUUGUUCUCUUCCUGGAGAAACUGCUUCACUGAGCAGCUGCAGAGGUUCAGCCACCAUCACGGAAGAAUUAAAGUUGCAGUUUUUGUUUG